CAGAGUCUGACCUACAGGAGGGAAACGUGCCGGACCAAACCCAUACACGAACUAACGAACGCACGGGCACAGAUAGAGCACAGUCAAUCACCGUCCACUCUCGACUCACCAAGUUUCAAAUUCCAAAUUUUACGACGGUAGAUAUACGAAGAGGUCAACUGUCAACAACAAAUGGUAAAGUCUUUUUUAUUUUCUAAGCCAUAAAUACUCAUACCUGAAAGCUCACAAAAUCCCAGCAAUGGAAGUGGCGUGGUGGAGGCCAUUGCUUUCACUAACCCUCGUCUUGGCUCUCAUCAUUCACGAAGAAUGGGUCUCGGCUCCGUCGUGCAAGACUGUUCCCUCCCACGAAUCUGAAUCCGAAUUCACUCAAGAAGGCCACCCCGAUGACCUCAAGGUCAUGAUGGUCGCUAAUCUACUCCUUAUGGGCUCCGACUCUGGUUUUCUCAAUCGCCUUUUCUCAGAUUAUUACAUGUCCAAAUUUUUUAGAAAAUCUUUUCAAUGUUUGGAGCCCGAUAUGCUGGUGGUAUUGGGAGACGUUUCGGCCAAGGGUUGGGAAUUGAACAAGCCCAAAUGGGUGUCAGUGCUCCACCAGUUUGACCGGGUGGUGGGUCCCUUUUUGGAUCUUCCUCUUCACGUCGUUCUCGGCGACCGGGAUCUUGGACGCUGCGGCGAGCUAAAUCGGAAAUCUGUCAAUUGGAUUGCCGGGAGGUUUCUGGGUCUGGACUCGGCUGGUUGUGGGGCUUUCGAAAUCAGUAACGUCAGCUUCGUUUCGCUCAAUGCCGUGGCUCUACUCUGUGGUAACGAUGAUUUGAGGUUCAGUGUGGAGAAGGUGAUUGAGAGGGAGAAUAUGGGUCUCCGAACCGAAAUGGAUCAUUUUAAGGAAGUGGUGAUCGACGAGUCUAGCAAAGGCAGGGAGAGAGUUCAUGGAUUUAAGUGGAGGGAGAAUGAUAUGUCUUCUGGGUCUGGUCCAGUACUCUUACUUCAUUUUCCAUUACGCCAAAUACCAUUUCAAAACUUGGGUGGGAGUUCAAACACGGUGGAUGAUGGCAGGGGGUCUGUUGGGGCUGGGCCGUACGAGUUGCUGCACAAUCUCCCUGCAAACGCUACUCAAUACAUAUUUCAAGCUCUUAAACCAAGGAUUAUAUUCAGUGCUCACAGCCACGAAUUUUCUUAUUACACUCAUCCAGAUGGGACCUAUGAAGUGUCUGUUCCAGCCAUGUCAUGGAAUGCAAGAGAUGACCCUGGAUUUAUUUUUGCCAUUUUCCGGAGAAACAAAAGAGCACCUUCCUCGGAAGCUGGAGCCUAAUCCGUGAGUGUCGUUCUUUUCACUCCCAGAGAAGAUAUUGGGCUAACUAUCAAUGAGAGUGUGACAGUCAGAAUCCCGUGAACUGCAGGGGGAAAGACCGGGUAAAAGUUGUGCAAUCCCACAUCACCUGGGAAAGGUCAAGUGUGAUGAUUCUAAGAUUAUGUUGGUAUGAGACUACACAGUUAAAGAUUGCUUAAAUUGAUUGAUGGUUACUACCUAUGCCAACAAGAUGCAUCUUCUUUUCGGUAGCCCAUCACUUGAGAACUCCAAAGUUAAGCGUGCUUGACCUGAAGUAAUCUAAUGAUGGAUGACCUCCUGGGAAGUUUUCCCAAGAAGCGUGCAAGUGAGGACAAAGCACGCUGGAAAGACUCAUGUUGUUUUGUAGGGCCAGUCGUUAUUCUAGGAAGCAGCCAUAGUGAUGUUGGGCGUUACAGAGAGCCACCUCCCGAGAGCCUAGUCGGGAGGUGAUCUUAUAAAGAUUCUCGAGUCAUGACUAACUUGUCAGAAUACCAAGAGCCCCUCCUCAGAGGAAGGAUGAUAAAUGCCAAGUGUCUAUUGGAGAAGCACUCAGGAUCACAGACACAUGUCUGACAUCUAGUGGCGGCAGAGAUUGUGCUGUCGAUUCUGUACAGGUAGCAAAAAUGAUGUCCCACGACGUCGCCUGACAUAGGAAAACGUGCAACUACCAUUCUGACAAAGUACCAGGAGGCACAUUUCCCAAUAAAGUAAUGGGUUUGACAUCCUGGUAUUGGGCCUGUCGAAUAUCUAAUGGGGCCCACCAACUUUUUUAAUGUACAUGAAAUCUUCAUUUAUGUAUAAAUAAUCCCAUAGUGAGAAGAAUUAUUGUAAUCAACUCUCAUUAGUGAGCUUAAUCCCCUCAACCGCAUAUAAAUAGGGUUAGGGCAUCAUUUGUAAAAGGAUCCCAACUUUCAGUGUAUGCAAAAAUGCUACUUGAAUUCCAUGAGAGCUUGAUCUUUGCAAGUUCU